AAAAUUUUUUUUAUAAAAUUUCCAGAUAAAAUUAAAUUUUAACCAAAAAAAUGUCCUUUUACAACGACAACGAAGAAGAAAAUGAACUUCACAUAGCUUGGCCCAACUAUACACCAGAAAAACAACAACAAUCUUCACUACUUCCACUAGUUUUAAUGAUAAACGAAAAAUUGCGUGAACGUUUACCUGCUUGGGAAAUAAUUUCUUUAAAUUCUCAACAUUUUCCUGAAUUUUUUGAAAAAAUUUUAAAAAUGAUUUGUGACGAGAAUUUGGGUUAUUCUGUUCAAAUACAUCUUAUUACUUUUUUGAAUUAUUGUUUUAAUUCGUUAGAAGUGGAUUUUGUUAGACAAGAAGUUGGGAAAUUGUGUUCUUUGCCUAUUUUGGUUAAUUUGUUGCCGGUUAGUUUUUAUUUUUUUGACUUUUUUGGGAGUCAGUGUUGUUUACCCCCCAUUUCUCACUUUCAUUUUUUGUUGUAUGAAUAGGUUAUUUUUUAUUUCCUGACAGCCUUAGGCUUCAGAACCUUUUUCACCGGGAUCUGGCAAUUUUAAAGAAAGCAACAAUAAGGUUAACGGAUAGUUCCAAACCUUGUUUGCUCAGCUCUUGAAACCGAACGAUGUUUCUAGAGCAAAAAAAGGCAGCAAUAAGCUAAUGGACAUUUACAAACCAGGGAUGCGACGGAUUUAGAAAAGGUCGGGUCGGGGUUCAAACUAUUUUUCGGAUCGGGUUUCGGGUUGAAAAUUUUCGUCUUUCGAGUAGCCUUGAGCAUUAUUGUAUCAGAUCCAGUUUCCUUAGGUUUUCAACCCAAAUAAUGUUUCUAGAUCCAAAAAUAACCAUCUUUUUUUCAAAAUUUU